AUGGCGCGCCUGAUUGACAGUCCAAAGUUCGUUGCAGUGCAUUUAAAGCGAUCACUUUCUGACCCAAGAGCUCAUCAGUAUGUCUUUAGGGGUUACGACCCUCCUAUUUCAUCGCCUAAUUUCUGGGGGGCUAAACUUGAUGGAUCCUGUAAUGGUUUGCUCUGCGUGGAGUAUGCCUAUACUGGAAUCAUUCUGUGGAAUCCAUGGGUCAGGAGGUUCGUUAAGGUACCUUAUUCCCAGUUCCAAAGUAAAUCAUCCAGGGGCCCGGUAAGCCAUGGUUUUGGGUAUGAUGAUACUACUGACGACUACAAGGUGGUGAGGUUAGAUGAUACUACUGAAGACUGCAAGGGGCCGUGGUUUGAUCCUUACGGAAGUCGCUGUGGUAUUCAGCUUUAUAGCCUGAAAUCAAAUUCUUGGAGAAAGCCCCCAACUUUACCUUGCAGUUUUUCGUCUACGGUAAGAGGACGGGCUGGGGUGCUUGUUAAUCGUGCUUUUCACAGGAUUGUAAAUGGUGGAGGGAUUCUUGCCAUUGAUCUUAGGACGGAGGAGUACAGGCUAAUGGAAAAACCCAAGUUUUUGGAACGCAACUAUUGGUGCUGGGAGUUGGGGUCCUUGGAUGGUUGCCUUUGCUUGUUUCCUAAAGAGUUUCCUCUUCCUUCUUCUCUUGCUUCUUUUAGUGCUGGGAUUUGGGUAAUGAAGGACUACGGAAUAGAGGAUUCUUGGACUCAUUUAAGUCUUCAAGCAUCAAGUGCUGGGUAUUCUUCUGCAAUGGGCCCUAUUGGAUAUGCAGAGGGAAAGACGCAACUGGUUUUGCAGAAUGAUCAGGGAGACGUUUUAUGGUACGACAUUAGAAACAGCGAGUUGGUUGGGAGCAGUAAGUUUCCUGGUUCAUCAGGUGUGAAGGAAGGAUAUAGCUGUGUUGCCAGCCUUGUUCUACCUUAUGGUGGUGGAGGAAAUGCCAUGAAGUGCACUCAAGCAGAUAUUAUAUCAGAUGUGUGGUCCUAG